GGUCCCUAUAGGGCAGGAAGGGGUUGCUAUAGGGCAAUAUGAGUCCCUGUAGGGCAGGAUGGGUCUGUAUAGGGCAGUGUGGGUCUCUAUAGGGCAAGAAGGGUCUCUAUAGGGCAGGAAGGUGUCGCUAUAGUGCAGUAUCGGUCCCUAUAGGGCAUGAAGGGGUCUCUAUAGGGCUGUAUGGGUCCCUAUAGGGCAGGAAGGGGUUGCUAUAGGGCAAUAUGGGUCCCUAUAGGGCAGGAGGGGUCCCUAUAGGGCAGUAUGGGUCCCUAUAGGGCAUGAAGGUGUCGCUAUAGUGCGGUAUGGGUCCCUAUAGGGCAGGAAGGGUCGCUAUAGGUCAGUGUGGGUCCCUAUAGGGCAGAAAUGAGUCGCGGUCUCUUUAAAUCUCGGCGCCGGGACUGCUGAGGGGCGUGGCCUUUACGAACCAACCAAUGAGCAGCCGCGGGGGGCGGUGCCUUUUUUUGUUCCACCCAAUCCGAAGGCGCAAUCCUCGUGGAAUCUCUCAGCCAAUCCGCACCGCGGUUGCUGCAGGAUUGCUUUAGGUCAACUUCCGGUGUGUGAGCGGAAGUGUCUUCUCACGUGGCCGGAAGCGGUUUCCACAGAGCGGCCGGAAGCGAUGCCGGAAGUUACGGCCUCAAGAUGGCGGCGCCCAGCGAUGGAGGCGCGGAGCGUGCUCCGCUGCUGCGGGUGGUGGCGGAGUGCGGGCAGAGCAUGGCGCGGGCCGGGGAGCUGCUGCUGCCGCACGGCACCGUGAACAGCCCCGUGUUUAUGCCCGUCGGGACACGGGGAACCGCCAAAGGGAUCACGGCCAAACAGCUGCGGGAACUGGGCUGCGGCCUGUGCCUCGGGAACGCCUAUCACCUCGGGACGCGGCCCGGUCCAGAGCUGGUUGAGCGCGCUGGGGGGCUGCACGGCUUCAUGGGCUGGUCCCACAACCUGCUGACGGACAGCGGUGGUUUCCAGAUGGUUUCCCUGUCUGCUCUAUGUGAAGUUUCUGAGGACGGGGUUCGAUUCCGGCCCCCAAACGGCCCCGAGAUGCUGCUCAGCCCCGAACGCGCCAUGGGGCUGCAGAACGCGCUGGGAGCCGACAUUGUGAUGCAGCUGGACGACGUGGUGAGCAGCACCCAGACGGGGCCGCGCGUGGAGGAGGCCAUGCUCAGGUCGGUGCGCUGGCUGGAUCGCUGCAUCGCGGCCCACAAACGCCCCAUGGAUCAGAACCUGUUCGCCAUCAUCCAGGGGGGGCUCAGCCCCACAUUGCGCAGCCGCUGCCUCCAAGGUCUCUGGGUCCUGCCCCACAGCUACGACACGGACCUGGUUGUGUGUGUGGCGCUCGGCUGCGACAUGUUUGACUGCGUGUUCCCCACCCGGACUGCGCGCUUCGGUUCCGCUCUGGGCCCUUUUGGGCCCCUACAGCUGAAGAACCGACAGUUUGCGAAGGAUUUCCGCCCCAUUGAUGAGGAAUGUGACUGCCCCACGUGUCAGCGGCGCCGCCACGGGAUGAAACCCCCAAAAUGGGCCCAGGAGGCGCUGGGGGCUGUGGGGAUAAAACUGCACUGACGGAGAGAGGGGGGGGAAGGACCCCCAAUAUGGGGAUAAGGCUGAGGUGAGGGGGGGGAUAAGGGACCCCCAAUAUGGGGAUAAGGCUGAAAUGAGGGGGGGGGGACAAAGGACCCCCAAUAUGGGGAUAAGGCUGAAAUGAGGGGGGGGAUAAGGGACCCCAAUAUGGGGAUAAGGCUGAAAUGAGGGGGGGGACAAGGGACCCCAAUAUGGGGAUAAGGCUGAAAUGAGGGGGGGGACAAGGGACCCCAAUAUGGGGAUAAGGCUGCACUGACAGCAGGGGGAUAAGGGACCCCCAAUAUGGAACCAAAUGGACCCAAAAGGACCCGAAAUGGACUCAAAAUGGAACCCAAAAGGACCCUAAAAGGACCCCACCCCAAAAUGGACCCCAGAUAGACCUCAAAAUGGACCCAAAAGGACCCAAAUGGACCCAAAAGGACCCCCACCCCAAACUGGUACCCAAGAGGACCCCAAAUGGACUCAAAAUGGACCCAAAAUGGACCCCACCCCAUAAAGGACCCUAAAGGGACCCCAAAUGGGCCCCAAAAUGGACCCCAAGUGGACCCCAAAAGGACUCAAAAUGAACCCAAAUGGAUCCCAAAUGGACCCAAAAGGACCCUAAAAGGACCCCACCCCAAAAUGGACCCCAGAUGGACCUCAAAAUGGACCCAAAAGGACCCAAAGUGGACCCAAAAUGGAACCCUAAAGGACCCCAAAAGGACCCCACCCCAAAAUGGAACCCAAAUUGAACCAAAAUAAACCCCAAAUGGACCCUAAAAGAACCCCAAAUGGAACCCAAAUGGACCUAAAAGAACCCCCACCCCAAAAUGGAACCCAAAAGGACCCCAAAUGGACUAAAAAUGGACCCCAAAAGGACCCUAAAAGGACCCCACCCCAAAAUGGACCCCAGAUGGACCCAAAAGGACCCGAAGUGGACCCAAAAUGAAACCCUAAAGGACCCCAAAAGGACCCGGAACCCAAAUGGAACCCAAAAGGACUCAAAAUGGACCCAAAUGGACCCCCAAUAUACCCCAAAAGGACUCCAAAUAAACCUGAAAAAGACCCCAAA